CAGCGUUAUUUAAACUUCAGAUUCAAAAUGCGUGUAGAAAAUGUUACCUGCCUUUCACAGCCGCCCAUAUACACCGACUUAAGAGAGCUAAGUGCAUAGUAAGCUCCAAAUAAGUUGACAUAUUUGUUUAUCGUGUGCCUGAACCCCAGAUUCAGCUUUUGUGUUCUCUAAUGCUUGAAGUGUUGGAACUGACAUGCUGAGCCCUAAGGAGCCAGAAGGUGAAGUGGAUGAUUCAUUUUUUGAUAGUGACUGUGAUGAUGGGGAGAACAAGGUAGAGAAGGGUAUAAAGGCUGAAAAGGAAAAUCUUCAAUUUCCUGAACAACUAAAUGCUGAACAGAAUGAAAAUACAGAGGCUCUGGAAGAGUCCAAGACAAUUGAAGCACAAAAGAAAAGUGACAAAUAUGAAUCUGAAGAAGAGGUGAGCAGAACAUCCAGCAUGUCAUCCACUGCCUGUGACGAUGAGAAGUUUUCUAGUAGGUGUUCAGAUAGGCACAAUGAAACAAGUUCAGUUUUGUUGACUGACGACACAGAAAUAGAUGAAGAAGGCUACCACCAUAGUCAAGAUGAAAGUGAAGAGGAAGAGGAGUUGCCAUCCUCCAAUAAGUAUUAUGGUGGAAAAGGGGGGAAAGCAAGCACCUCUAAGAAACUAUUAAGGAAGCAUCACACCCGUAUUUCAACUCCCCCUUCAUCUGAGGCUGAUACAGACACAGAUACAGAUACAGAGAGCGCCAGUGGUUAUAGUAAUGAGAGCUGCAGUUCAGAGCCCACUACACUGACCAAGCUGAGGACCCUUCAGUCCUCUUUAUUACCCACAGUGAGAAGGCCCAAGAUCGCCUCAGCAGGAUCUCGAGUGAGACCCUCCACCCCAACAGAGGAGUCUGACAACACACCAACAGAUGUGACCCCUUUCUCCACUUCUGAUACCAGCCUUCUCCAGUCACUGGACCUGACCCAAGGAUCCAGGGUGAAUGAGAUUGAAGAUGGAUGUCUGAAAGAGCAGCAGCAGAAACAGCUGUCAGAGGAGGUGACCUUCUGUACCUUUAGAAACAAACCCCAGGAAGAUGAGGCCUCAGAUCAGGAUGUGGAUGCUAGCUCUGUCAGUGCAGAGAGUCGACUCCGGAAUGAACUGGUCUUCAACUGUGCUGGUAGAAGCAACAGGAAAAACUAUUCUUUCAGCAAUGAUGAGGUUCAACGCAUAGACCGUGAAAACCAGCGCCUUUUACGACAGUUGUCCCGCCUGUCUCACAGAUCCAGACAAGGCAGCUCAGUUGGACCGAAGACCCAUUCAGUAAAUAAUUUGCCUCCUGUCCGUCUCUAUCACACCACACUUAACAGACAGCGGGAGCAGCAGCGCGUUGAGAGGGAAAACUUGGCUUUCCUGAAGAGAUUGGAGUCAGUAAAGCCCACACCUGGCAUGAAGCGCUCAGAGCAGCUGGCAGACUACCAACAGCAAGCUCGGUACCUGGGAGGUUACCCUCUCUCCAUCCACAGGUCCACCUCUAAGAAAGAGAGAUCGUCCAACAGGACACCAUCAAGUAUGAGCCCCAGCCCAGUGAGUGCUGCCCAUCACAGUGCUACAGCAGGGUCUGUCCCUGUUCACUCCAACUCUGGAUCAGCACCCAAGACCAAUAAAGUCAGUAUGCCUCGACCAGCUUGGUGCUGAAAACUUUUCAAGUCCAAUCAACAAAAGUGCUCACUAGAACAUAGUAGUCUCGAGUCAGUUUUGGUUGGUAUUCACGAUUGAUCACAUGGCGAUCAAUUUUGCAAGGUACUAAGCUAAGUGGAUUUUUUUUUUAUGCACAAUGGGAUAAGCAUACUUUUUCAGACUGAUUUUCAUUUGUUCCUGUUUGAAUAAUUUCAAUGACUUUAUACUCUAUCCAGUCAGCGGGCCAUACAAAGUGAGAAAAAAUAUUUUUAAAAAAUGUCACACUUAAACCGUGAACAAUGUUUUGCUGCUGAACUACAAGCAUUGUGGUAAAAUAGACUUUGGCUAACACCAUUGUAGCUAAUUAUAUGAAUGUGCUGCAGUUUUCUAGAUGAUAGCAUCCAUACAUCUUUGUUGAGAUGGUAUAAGGACCAGAAAUGUUGCCCUUUGAGACUCACUUGCUCAUCUCAGCAUAUGGCACUCCACAAUCGAGCAUGAUAUACUGCAGGUUUUGCUGCAUGCUAUUUCUGUUUGGCAAAGGAGAAUAGUUUUAUUUUUUAUGAGAUACACAAAGAUGCAUAUUUGUUCUGUUUUACAUGAUCAUGUAAAUAUAUAUUUUUAUGAUUUUAUGUUGAUGCUAUCAAUAAAGCUUUGUUGUUUGUACACAUUCAAACAUGUUUCAGCAGUAUUCAACCGUGUGUUAUUUAAAACCACUGGGGGGGAAAAAAUCACAUUUAACAAAGGGCAUAGUGAAGGUAAUCUCACCUCUUAUUACUUCCCCAAAAUUCAGCAUUUAACUAUUCUUUUCAUCAGUAAAUACUAUCCCAUAUACUGUGUGUAAAUAUGCGAAA